GCUUUUGCUGGAUCCGAAGUGCCUGCCGGUGGACCCAACUCCACCCACGCAACAGAUCUGAGCCGAGUGCCCACAGUUGUGCUGGGUUCGUGCGAAGUCGUGCAUUGCUCGAGCAAGAAAACGCGCUGAGGGGAAGACGAAGAUGGUGCCGCCUCGGUAGAAGAGACGGGCCUUCCCAAGAAGCCGAAGAACUUUCAGGAUCGACGUCCUCCGUCCCACUCCCCGGUCCAGUUCACUCCAGCUCAUCCGAGUUCCUCUGCUCCGUGCAUCGAUCCCCACAGCAGAUCCGUCCCCGACAAGCACCGACGAUUCACUUGUCGGUUCGCAUUUUGUGGUCGUUUUCUUGCGGUAGAUAGUGCAAAAGCCGGUGUCGACAAGGAAAUGAUUUCCGUUCACUACAACAGGUUUAUGAUUGCUUGUUGAGAUCAACGUCUAAAGCUUAUGUGAAAACUUGAGCUGCCAGCAGCAAGAAUGCAUCGUGUCCCAGCUACUAUUGAGGAACAGCUAUUUUUAAAGGCUAUAAAGGAAGAAUGCCCUUGGGAAAACCUCCCAAAACGACUUCAGGCUACCUUCUCUAAAGAAGAAUGGACUAGAAGGGUCAUAGAUUAUUGCAUUAAAAAGCGACUCCAGUGGAAUACUUGUUUUGCUCGUAAAUUAUGGAAAGAAGGGGACUACUAUGAAGAAAUGAUGCGUUACUUGCGUAAGAGUCUAGCGCUUUUCCCAUAUCAUCUCGCUGAGUACAUUUGCCGAGUUCUGAGAGUGUCACCCUUCAGAUAUUACUGUGAUAUGAUAUUUGAAGUGAUGAAAAAUGAACAACCAUAUGACAGUAUUCCAAACUUUAGUGCUGCAGAUGCUUUACGGCUUACUGGGAUUGGAAGGAAUGAAUUUAUUGAUCUCAUGAACAAAUGCAGAUCCAAGAAAAUUAUGUGGAAGCUUAACAAGUCCAUUGCCAAGGAGUUGUUGCCAACACAGCCUGUUGAUUUCGCCAUUGAGCCAUGGUGGGGUGUUUGCCUUGUUAAUUUCACUUUGGAAGAGUUCAGGAAACUCACUGAAGAGGAAGCAUCCACAAUUGACAAGAUCUGCAAGGAGGAAGGAAAUUCGUACUUCCUUUUUGAUGCUCAGAUCAUAAAGGGUCUCUACCAGCGAGGACUGAUCUACUUUGAUGUUCCUGUUUAUCCAGAUGAUCGGUUCAAAGUCUGCAGGCUGGAAGGUUUUGUUUCUAAUCGGGAACAGUCGUAUGAGGACCCAAUUGAGGAGUUACUUUAUGCUGUUUUUGUUGUUUCAAAUGAAAAUGCUACAGUUGCUGAAUUGGCUUCAACACUACAAGCAGACCUUUCUCAGCUGCAAACUGCUGCAUCUUUUGCUUGCCGACUAGGCUGGGCUGUUAAAGUAAUCGAUCCGGCUUCAGUUCUUCAAGAGCUGAAUUUGCCUGCCUCUCUUCAGAGUGAUGAAGAUGUUGGUUCUCGUGCAAGUGCCAGCUCAGCAGACCUUCCUGCUGAUGGAAGUCGAGUAGCUCAAGGACAUGACACUGGGUUAGAAAAAAUGAAGGGAAUUUCUGGGCCUACACGUGUUGCUUUUCUCGUGGAUGCUAACAUAACAUCUUAUUUGAUGAUGGGUUCAGUUUCACCAGGGUUGAAAUCUCAUGCUGUAACACUUUAUGAAGCUGGAAAGCUUGGUGAUGCUAGCAUUGCAGAUCUGUGUAAAGACCUUACAACAUUAGAAGGAACCAAAUUUGAGGGUGAAUUGCAGGAAUUUGCUAAUCAUGCAUUCAGCCUCCGAUGUGUGCUGCAGUGCCUUAAAUCUGGAGUGAUUUCAGAUGAUACAUUAGGUGAAGCAGAAGAAAGUUCAGAAAUUUUAUGUGAAUCUGAAGACGGUACAGAAAUUUCUUUAGCCUGUGAUAACACUAUCUCCUUGCACGAUGAUGCAAUAUCUAAUUCAACUGAGGCUCAGACAACUACCAAUGAUAGUCAUUUGCAGUUAUCUCCUCAUGAAAAUCUCAAGGAUGAAAAUGAAUGUGCUGAAUCUGUUAGCAGUAGUAACAGUAUUGAGAGAUUGAGUUCAGAACAUGUGGCAACAAAUAACACUGACAAACUUGAAGAUUUGAAGAUAGAAGAUAAGCUUGUGAAUGAUGAAAAAGUGAGGUUUUCUGACCUGUCUGAUAUUGGUAAUAGUAUGGUAAAAAAGAAAGGUGGCUAUCAUGUAGAUGUUCUACGUUGUGAAAGUUUGGCAGGCUUAGCACCUGCAACUUUAGACCGACUUUUUAAUCGUGACUAUGAUAUCAUUAUAUCAAUGAUUCCUCUACCUUCUACAUCAGUUUUGCCUGGUGCUGCAGGUCCUAUCCACUUUGGUCCUCCCACUUACUCUUCUAUGACUCCAUGGAUGAAACUGGUCUUAUACUCAUCUGCAGGUAUUGGGCCUUUAUCAGUUGUGUUAGUUAAAGGACAACGUCUGAGACUGCUUCCUGCACCCUUAGCAGGAUGUGCCAAAGCACUAAUAUGGAGUUGGGAUGGAUCCACAGCUGGAGGAUUAGGAGGCAAGUUUGAGGGGAACUUGGUCAGUGGAACUAUACUACUGCAUUGCCUAAACUCACUUCUGAAAUACUCAGCUGUACUUGUACAACCUCUGAAUAAGUAUGAUCUUGACGAUUCUGGAAAGCCCGUUACAAAGGAUAUUGCUCUGCCUUUAAAGAAUGGUUCUCUUACUCAUAUUGGUAAAGAAACCGGGCUAUGUGAUGAAGAAAGUGCGAAAUUGGAGCAGCUACUGAAUGAUCUGUCUAUCAAGAUAAAGUUAUGGACAAUUGGUUACAUUCGCUUGAUUAAGCUCUGCAAAGUAAAAGAAGUUCAACAUCACCAGCCAGAAAAUGAAGACUAUGAGUGGGUUCCUUUAAGCAUUGAAUUUGGGAUUCCACUUUUCAACCCAAAAUUAUGUAGCACUAUCUGUCAAAAGAUUGCUUCCUCCGAUCUACUUCAGUCAGAAUCUCUUUCAGAACAUUAUGAAGCAAUGCAUGCUUUGAGAAAAAGGUUAGUUGAGAUUUGCUCUGAGUAUCAUGCAACAGGUCCUGUUGCUAGGGUUUUGUAUCAAAGAGAACAAGCAAAAGACUCUACUCGACAUCUGCUAAACUAUGCUAGUGGAAGAUGGAAGUUGGAAUCCUCAGUUCCAAUAAUGGGAACAGUCCCUGAACAUCAGAGGCACAAACUCUGGAGUCGGCAACGUGGCCGUUUUGAAAUUUUGAUCUUUGAUGGGAGCAUUCUCAGAUCAUACGCCCUCCCUUCUCUGUAUGAGGCUGCAGCAUGUUCUAGUGAUGACUCCUCGUUACAUGAAUCACAGUCGUCAAGCACAACACACGGGCCUUCAGAUGAUGCUGACAGCCAACAUGUUCCUUUACCUGGUUUAAAUCUUGUGUUUGAUGGGUCUCAGUUGAACCCUUUUGAUAUAUGUGCUUGCCUGCAGGCACGGCAACCAGUUUCUUUAAUAGCAGAGGCUUCAGCCACCUCUAUGUCUAUGAUGCAGAGAAGAUAGUUCCCUUUCUGAAGCAUCACUAGUUAUUGUGGUUAACUGCUUUGUCUGCAUGGGAGAAAGUUAUGCCAUUUAAUCAUCACUGCAAGUGGAAAUCAAAAUUUCAACUUCAAGCCAUGAAAGCAAUUUUAAGCUUGGACCCUUUUUCAUCAUCUCCUUUGCAGCAGGACCUGUAAUCAGGCAAGACCUCAAGUGUGCACAUUGGGCUGCUUUCUUCUUUUUCCAUCAUUCAUCAAAAUCACUAUGGCUUCGCGUCUGGGACUGCUAAUGCUACAGGCUGGGUUCAUCUGCAACUCCUUCUCACUGAGCCACUGGCCGAAGUGCCCUGUUUGUAAAUCUUAUUCUUUUUCGCAGCUGUAGUUCACUUUGACACCAUGUAGGUCAAAUUCAUGUUGAACAGAUUGACAUCAUAAAGAAAUUAAAUAAGUCACCGAAAAGACAUGGAAUUCCUUUA